UCCUAUCAUAUCAUGUUCUUCUUCUCCUCUCAAAAGCUUUCUGUAUUUCCAGCCAAAACUUCUCAUUUUCAUCACUGAAUUAUACGUAUACAUAUACAUAUAUAGAGAUUUGAAGGUUCAUCAAUGGAGAGCACGGACUCUUCGAUUGGCUCGCAGCAGCCUAACCUACCACCAGGGUUCAGGUUCCACCCUACAGAUGAGGAACUAGUGGUUCACUAUCUCAAGAAAAAGGCUAGCUCAGCUCCUUUGCCUGUUGCGAUCAUUGCUGAGGUUGAUUUAUACAAGUUUGAUCCAUGGGAGUUACCAGCAAAGGCGACAUUUGGUGAGCAAGAAUGGUAUUUUUUUAGUCCCAGAGACCGAAAGUAUCCGAACGGAGUUCGGCCAAACAGGGCGGCGACUUCGGGUUAUUGGAAAGCUACCGGAACCGAUAAGCCGGUAUUAACAUCCGGUGGGACUCAAAAGGUUGGUGUGAAGAAAGCACUGGUUUUCUAUGGAGGGAAGCCACCUAAAGGGAUUAAAACUAGUUGGAUUAUGCACGAAUAUAGGCUCGCUGAUAAUAAGAAUAACAACAAGCCUCCUGGAUAUGACUUUAGCAACAAGAAAAACUCAUUAAGGCUUGAUGAUUGGGUGCUAUGUCGAAUCUACAAGAAAAACAACACACAUAGACCUUUGGAUCAGGAUAAAGAUGACUCCAUAGAUGACAUGCUUGGUUCAAUACAACCUUCAAUAUCAAUUGGUAACCAACAUAAUAACCCCAAGUUUCAAUUUGCAUCAAAGGGUACUGCUACAAGUUUUGGCACACUGCUUGAAAACCAUGAACAUAGCUUGUUUGAUGGAAUGAUGGGGAAUAAUAGUGAUGAAGGGAUCAACAAUGGUUCAAUGUCUCAAUCUAUGGUUAAUCCACUCAAAAGGAAUCUCCCAUCACUGUUUUGGACCGAUGAAACCUCAAUAGAGCCACAAGCAAACAAGAAAUUUCAUGGGGAUAGCAAUGAUGGAAGCAUGGAAAAGAUGGAUGGGAAUGGUUCUGUUACCACUCUGCUUAGCCAGCUACCAGAAAGUCCUUCAUUACAACAACAACAAGAAACAAUGAUGGGGUCAAUGGGAGAUGGGAUUUAUAGGCCUCCAUUUCAACUUCCAGGACUCCAUUGGUACUCUUAAUUCAAAUCCAGGUAGUGGGUAUUCCAUAGUUAUUCCAUCUAUAUAUCUAAAUUUAUACCCUUAAAAUAAGUUGUUCAAAAUCAAAAUUUUCAUAUAGUAGCUUGAAACCUAGUGCUAAUAAGUUGCCAAAUAGUGAUGACGCAUUUUGGAUUGGGGGUAAAGAUUGAGAUUUUGAGUAUUAGGGAAGAGAUAGAAAACGCUUCAUUAGGUGAACCAGGCUUCAAUUUCAUCUCUUGAAGGGCCACAGAUAUAGGUGAACUCUAAUUUAUAAAAUACAUAUAUUGUAUACAUAUAGUUUUUGUAUGUUACGUAGGGGUGCUUUCUAGGAUACAACAUAUUGAAAUCUUGUAUAGAAGUCUUUGUUGUAGAACUUUAUUAGAACGUUGAUGAUGCACAUUUUUAAGAAUAUAUAUUGGUUAAGGCUUGUAUGUAUGAAACUCUGUUUAAUCUUUUAUCAUCUUUGCAUUUGAAUUUGAAGAUAUAGCUCUUUUUUAUGGUUAA